AAACUCAACAGCAAUUUACGUUUACGUAAACUGCGCAGUUUACGUAAAGCACGUAGGACGGAACAUUUCCUGCGUAUGUUGCUGUAGUUAGCAAUGGCGGAGCUCAGAGAGACAGACGCUGCUCAGCUACACCAGGAGGACGGUCGAUAUCAAACGUGGAGAUGGUGAAGAUGCACCAUCAGCUGGCAACCAAGCUGCAGAACAGGCAGUGAAGACUGAAGCUGCUGCAGAAAGCGAUGCCAAACCCUCAACCACAACUACUGAAAGACACAUUUCCAUCCAAACUAAACUGGAGGGCCUCGAGGGGCUGGUUGACCUCAAUGGUGCGGGUCGUAAGUCGUGUCCCCUGUGUCCUGAGGAGAAGUUUAAAGCCUGCUACAGCCACAAGCUCCGCCGACACCUGCAGAACCUCCACUGGAAAGUCUAUGUAGAGUUUGAAGGCCAGAGGAUGUGCAUCUGCCACCUGCCCUGCAGAAACCUGAAGCCCAGCCUCAGUGGAGAUCAGGCUUCGGGGAGACACGUGGCUCACUACCACUGUGUGGUGUGUUCUGUGACCAUCGCCCGCAAGACGGACAUGAUCAGCCACCUGAAGCGACACGUCAACAAAGGGGAGACCGAAGCCAGCUACUCCGGGAACUCAGACGUGCCGUUUGAGGAGCCGGCUCCGUCUGGUCAGGCGUAUGAAAUCAUGAAAGAGCUUGGAACCAACGUCCAGCUCCUCCCGAACCACACCACCCCGCAGAAGAGCGACACCUACUUCAACCGCAAGAUGAAGACCAACAGGCAGCUGGUGUUUUGUUCGCUGGCUGUUCUGGCAGAGGAGAGAAACCCAGUCGAGUGUCUGGAUGCUUUUGGAGCCACAGGGAUUAUGGGCCUCCAGUGGGCGAAGCACCUUCGUAACGCCGUCAAAGUCACCAUAACGGACAUCAGCGACAUAUGCGUCAAAAUGAUCAAAGAGAACUGCGAGCUCAACCACAUCCGCGUGGACGGAGGCUCGCGAGGCCCCCGGGGGCCCGACGGGGCAAGCAGUGAAGUGGAGGGAGCGCCCAUCGCUACGGUGGAGGUCGCCAAGAUGGACGCAAACGUCACUAUGCACCUGUGGUCCUUCGACUACAUUCACUUGGAUCCGUUCGGGACGGCAGUGAACUACCUGGACGCCGCCUUCAGAAACGUCCGGAACCUGGGCAUCAUCUCUGUGACGUCCACAGACACGGGCUCUCUGUACUCCAAGUCUCCCAACGUCACGCUGCGUCACUACGGCUGUCACAUCGUACGCACCGAGUACUACAAAGAGCUGGCUGCACGCAUGGUGGUGGCCACCGUGGCCAGAGCGGCGGCUCGCUGUAACAAAGGCAUCGAGGUGCUGCUGGCGGUGGCGUUGGAGCAUUUCGUCCUGGUGGUGGUGAGAGUCCUCAGAGGUCCCACACAGGCUGACGAGUCAGCCAAGAAGUUACGGAAACUGGUCCACUGUCAGUGGUGUGAGGAGAGACUCUUCCUCAGACUGGGAAACAUGGUGGACGACACGCUGCCCUGUAACUGUCAUGGAAGUCUGCCUGGAAAGACAUCAGUGCAGCUUGGACCGUUAUGGUCUGGUCCUCUGUUUAACACGGGUUUCCUGAGGAGGAUGCUGUCGGCGGCGGUGAAGCACAGCAUGGACGACAUCCAGCCGCUCGUCAAAACUCUGAUCUGCGAGUCCGACUGCACCACCCUCAAGUCUUUAGUCCACGGGCCGUCUGCUCUCACCAACCAGGUGGAGUGUGGAGUCGUCAUCAAGACCUUACAGAGCGGAGAGGAGUCCGGUCCUGCUGAGCAGUCUGGGAAGAGGAAGACGGGAGAAGAGUCGGGGAAUGUAGUGAAGAAGAUGAAGUCUGAUGCGUCUCUGGAUCACCCGCCCUUCUACUACAGCAUCCACCGCCACAGCAUCAGAGGCAUGAACAUGCCCAAGUUGAACAAGUUUCUUCAGUACCUGACCGAGGCCGGCUUCAGGGUGAGUCGGACUCACUUCGACCCGACGGGGGUUCGAACCGACGCCACACUGGAGCAGUUUAAAUCUGUCCUCACCAAGUACAGCGUCCCCACGUACACCACCGCCACCGCCACCCAGACGAGCGUGAGCACGGAGAACACGGUGUGAGAGAAGCGAGCACCAACGAGGUCGAUUCACACGAAACCUUCCACGCUUUUGAAAACAAAGUCAAUGCGCUCGCCUCGUUUCUACUCCACUUGGACUGUUUCUAUUCACCUAAACAAAGUUCUGACUGCACUGAUAUCUUAAACUGCUCUCUGUGUGGACCUGCUUUUACUAGAACAAAGUAGAAACUCUUUAAUCAAACCAAAACUGAUGUGGAUUUUUUUUAAUUUUUGAUCUGCAAACCAAACUGAUCCUGCAGCACAACUGAGCCCAAUUUACCCACUGUUUCUCUAUUUAUUUCAGAUUACUAUUGAAAAUCCAUAAAUUCCAAGUUUUUUUUUUCUAGCUGGUUCUAUUUUUUUGUUGCUCCUGUCUUAUAAAAAAAAUUAAUAAAAUGUUUCUGCAAA